UCCUCAGCCGACAUGGCUCCCAUCAGCUCCGGCUCCUCCACCUGGACCUCCUCGGGGCUCCCCUUCUCCUUCGUGUCCAUGGCCACGGGAAUGGGACCUUCUUCCAGUGGCAGCCAGGCCACCGUGGCCUCAGUGGUGACCAGCACCUUGCUGGCAGGACUAGGCUUCAGCGGUGGUGGCAUCUCCUCCUUCCCCAGCAGCGUGUGGCCCACCCGGCUCCCUGCAGCCGCUGCCGCCGCCUCCCCGGGGCCAGAGCGGGACUCGGCACUGACAAAGGACGGCGAGGGAGCCGAGGAGGGGGAGAAGGAUGAAAAGAGUGAAAGCGAGGAUGGGGAGCGGGAGCAUGAGGAGGAGGAAGAAAAAGAGGCCGAGAAGAAGGAGAAAAGCCGGGCGACAGCGGCCACGGAGGAGCGCAAUAGCACGGAGCUCAGCAUGGCCACAGCUUCCCCCAACCAGACUGCCGAGGAGGAAGGAAAUAAAACCAUAUCGGGUGAAGAGCCAAACCAAAAUGCUGUCCCCACGGCUGGAGGUCCCAAAGAAGAGAGCUUUGCCGAAGAAGACGUUCAGCCCCAGCCGCUUCCUUCCACCCAAGUGCCACCAGCGUUCACCAACGAACUGUACCUGGGAAAGAUUCCAAGAAGACCAGAGACAACAAGAAAACCUCCGAAGGCAGACAGGUUUCCAGAGGAAUACCCCUCAGAUAACAAAUUUAUCACCGUUAACCCAGCUGACAAGAACAGCUCCAGCAUGGCCACCAGACCUUCUCCUGGUAAGAUGGAAUGGAUCAUCCCGCUUAUUGUGGUCUCAGCACUGACCUUCGUGUGCCUCAUUCUUCUCAUCGCUGUGCUUGUCUACUGGAGAAAGUGUUUUCAGACUGCCCAUUUCUAUGUGGAGGACAGCAGUUCCCCCCGUGUGGUCCCCAAUGAGAGUAUUCCCAUUAUACCUAUUCCAGAUGAUAUGGAAGCAAUUCCAGUCAAGCAGUUCGUUAAACACAUCAGUGAGCUGUACUCUAAUAACCAGCAUGGGUUCUCAGAAGACUUUGAGACGCUGAAGCAGUUCUAUACUGAAGUGCAGCGCUGUACAGCCGACAUGAACAUCACUGCAGAGCAUUCUAACCACCCUGACAACAAGCACAAGAACAGAUACAUCAACAUCCUAGCCUAUGAUCACAGCAGAGUGAAGCUAAGGCCUUUACCAGGAAAAGAUUCUAAGCACAGUGACUACAUUAAUGCUAAUUAUGUCGAUGGUUACAACAAAGCAAAAGCCUACAUCGCUACCCAGGGACCUUUAAAGUCUACCUUUGAAGAUUUCUGGAGGAUGAUUUGGGAACAAAACACUGGAAUCAUUGUCAUGAUCACAAACCUUGUCGAAAAAGGAAGAAGAAAAUGUGAUCAGUACUGGCCGUCAGAGAACAGCGAGGAGUACGGCAACAUCAUCGUCACGCUGAAGAGCACAAACAUUCACGCCUGCUACACUGUGCGCCGCUUCACGGUCAGGAACACAAAGAUGAAAAAGGGAAACCCCAAAGGGCGGCAGAACGAGAGAACAGUCAUUCAGUAUCACUACACUCAGUGGCCCGACAUGGGUGUGCCAGAGUACGCUCUGCCUGUGCUAACCUUUGUGAGGAGAUCCUCCGCAGCCAGGACCCCGGACAUGGGACCAGUGGUGGUGCACUGCAGUGCUGGUGUUGGCAGAACUGGUACCUACAUCGUGAUAGACAGUAUGCUGCAACAGAUAAAAGACAAAAGCACAGUUAACGUCCUGGGUUUCCUGAAACAUAUCAGGACACAGCGCAACUACCUCGUCCAGACAGAGGAGCAGUACAUUUUUAUUCAUGAUGCCUUGCUGGAAGCCAUCCUUGGGAAGGAGACUGAAGUAUCUGCAAACCAGCUGCAUAGUUACGUUAACAGCAUCCUCAUACCUGGCAUAGGAGGGAAGACACGACUAGAAAAGCAGUUCAAGCUGGUUACACAGUGUAAUGCAAAAUACGUGGAAUGCUUCAGUGCUCAGAAAGACUGCAACAAAGAGAAGAACAGGAACUCAUCAGUCGUGCCGUCUGAGCGUGCUAGAGUGGGCUUGGCACCGCUGCCUGGAAUGAAGGGAACAGAUUACAUUAAUGCCUCUUAUAUCAUGGGCUACUACAGGAGUAACGAGUUCAUCAUAACCCAACAUCCACUGCCACAUACGACUAAAGAUUUCUGGCGCAUGAUCUGGGAUCACAACGCACAGAUCAUCGUCAUGCUGCCGGACAACCAGAGCCUGGCAGAAGAUGAGUUUGUGUACUGGCCAAGUCGUGAGGAAUCCAUGAACUGUGAGGCCUUUACUGUGACCCUUAUCAGCAAAGACAGACUGUGCCUCUCUAACGAAGAACAAAUUAUCAUCCAUGACUUUAUCCUUGAAGCUACCCAGGAUGACUACGUUCUGGAAGUCCGCCACUUUCAGUGUCCUAAAUGGCCAAACCCAGAUGCUCCCAUAAGCAGUACCUUUGAACUUAUCAACGUAAUCAAGGAAGAGGCCUUAACAAGGGAUGGCCCCACCAUAGUUCACGAUGAGUAUGGAGCUGUGUCAGCGGGAACGCUAUGUGCCCUUACCACUCUGUCCCAGCAGCUGGAGAAUGAAAAUGCUGUCGAUGUUUUCCAGGUGGCAAAGAUGAUAAAUCUUAUGCGGCCUGGAGUAUUUACAGACAUUGAACAGUACCAGUUUCUUUAUAAGGCAAUGCUAAGCUUGGUCAGCACUAAGGAAAAUGGAAACGGUCCCAUGACACUGGACAAAAACGGUGCUGUGAUGGCCAGUGACGAAUCUGAUCCCGCAGAAAGCAUGGAGUCUCUUGUCUAAUUGGAAACCUGAAAAGGCACUUAAUUUGUAGAACUUCUGAAGACUGAGUGAACUUUUUUGAGGCCUUUUUUGCCAGACUCUAGGUUAUACAAUAACCCAAUUACUUUUUUACACUGAUAAAAAGUUUUGAUAUUUAUUUUUUGCCAUUUUAUGUCUUAAUGGUAUCCUACUGAGCAUUUGCACCUCUGUUUAUUUCACACAGUGAAACGCAAUUUUAUCUAGUUUGCACUAUAUGAUCAGUGUUACUGCCUAUAAUAUUCUAAUACAAGACAAGCCCUGAUGUGACAUUCCAUGACAACAAACAUACGCUUUUUUCCAUUUUUGUUUAAACGCAGUGAAGUUUUGCUAAGUACAGUGACCCUUGAAUCUUAAAUCUUCAAUGCUAGGCCAGACGGAUUCUGUCCACAACAGAUACUGUACCCCUUCAUACCAUAUUUAUUAUUUUAAUGAUCAUGUCACAGUUUUGGUAACGGUAUUCUGCAUUCCAGUGGAGGGGAUGAGCAGUGUUCAUCCCUUCUUGACAAAACGUGGCAGGUGAUUGUCAGCUACAGUGAAGGCGUAACAGCCUCGUGGAGCUGAAACAGUUAUUUCUGUGUUGUUUCAAAUUGCUGUUUUGUACACUUCCAGGCCUAAGACUUGCUUUAGAUGGAAUAUAUAGGUUACAUACAUUAUAAUUAUAAAUUAGAUGCAACUCACAUGUGGCACGCAGUGGUAGGUUUCGAAUUUACAAUUUCAAAGUUUCCCCAUGUAUUCAGGAAAAUGUCGAUUUUAGUUUUUAACCAGCCGUAUGAUGGGAAAGUAUUUUGAUUUUAUUCUCGUCAGAGCCAAUACAGUGAGAAAUCUACUACAGCCCAAAAUCAGACCUGUUCUCAGAUAUAUUGAAGGUAGCAAUAUUUUACAUUACUAAGCUAUUCAAUAUUUUAAACACAUUAAUUUCCUUACUAUUUCUUGAAUAUGACCUCACACCUAAUGGUAUGUUACAUGAUGACAGGCGUUUCUUAAUUUCAUAACUGUUAGAUGCCAUUUUUACAGGUGUGUAAUUUUCAUACUUUAGUGCUAAAACAUAAAGUACUGAUCCAUAUUUACUGGUGAAGCAAACUAAUAAAAAAACUACCUAUA